CUGCAUGCCCCUGGCUCCGUCAUACAGAAGGAAAAUGACAAGAAGAUCCUGGAACUCAUCUCCAACAUCAUCCAGCUGCUGACUGGAGAGGUUGCCAUAAGGUGUGAGGAUGUUUCCAUCUAUUUUUCCUUGGAGGAGUGGGAGUAUAUAAAAGGAAACAAGGCCCUUUACAGGGAAGGGAUAAAGGAGGAGGAGGAGCCCCAGCAGCUCCGCCCACUGGCAGCCUGUGAGUAUAAAGAUGGGAGCGAUGUUACAGCACAUACGGAAGCAACUUUAUGUUGUAAUAAUGAUGGGAAUCUCACAAACCCUGAUGUUUCUCCAGCGGAACAGCCCCCACCGGCCAAUGGGAUUAAAGAGGAGGCGGCUUCAUGGGAAGGGAGAAACCAAUCAGAUUGCAGCAUUAAUCCCCUUACAGAACAGAUACAGGGAACAGACACACCUACUCCUAUCAUGGGGUGCAGCCUGAAUAACAGCUCGGCAGUUAAUUAUGCAUCAAAUGAUGUGAAGGAGGAGUUAAUUUCUUCAUGGGAAGGGGAAAACCAAUCAGAUUGCAGCAUUAAUCCCCUUACAGACCAGAUACAGGGAACAAAUACUCCUAUCAUGGGGAGCAGCCAGAAUACUUUACGAAUGAUGGGUAAUAAUCAUGAUGAAAAGUCCCACCAAUCUCCGCAGAAAUCUCACAUAGCAAAAAGAGUCGUACGCAGGAAAUACAGCUGCAUACAUAGUCAUCAAAUGACUCACACAGGGGUGAAACCAUUUUCUUGUUCUGAAUGUGGGAAAUGUUUUUCAGACCAAUCACUCCUUAACAGGCAUCAUAGAACCCACACUGGGGAGAAACCUUUUUCUUGUUCUGAAUGUGGGAAAUGUUUUAUACAAAAAUCUCAACUACAUAGUCAUCAAAGGAUUCACAAAAAGAAGAAGCCAUUUUCUUAUUCUAAAUGAGUUAAAGGAUUUGCAUUGAACAGUUGUCUAAAAAUACUUUCACAAUGAGGAAAACCGUAAACUUGUGUAGGGGAUCAGAGAACACUUUCUUCUUCGUCCCUUCCAUGUCAGUACGCAUGGGCAGUAUUGCCCCCACAGC